AUGAUCGCCUUCGGCUGGUCCAUUGGCGACGUCUUCAAAGGCAUCGAGGUUACUGUGGAGAUAUGCAAGAACUUUCGCGCCUCAAAUGGCGCCGCAGCAAAGUUUAAGCAAGAGAUGGAUACCUUAGAAUCGUUCAAUGUCACGCUCAACCACUUGAAGAGAUAUAUGGAUACCAAACCCAAUGAUGAUGUUUCGGUCAUUGAACUACCCGACAAGCUUUUCGAUGCUUCACAAUGUGCAAAGAUCGUGGAAGCUAUUCACUUCGCGCCUAUUCCGGCACUUUGGAAGAAGGAUCUCGACGUUCUUAGGAGCAUCGACCAGUUGUCUAUAGAGACAUCGGAACAAUUCUCCGAGCAAGAGCGGAAGCUGGAGGACGCGAUUGAGCGAAUUCUGCACACAUUCACACAAGCCCGGAAGAACGAAUACAGAGAUUAG